AUGAAGAAGAAGAAGAAGAAGAAAGAAGAAAGAAGAAGAAGACGAAGAAGAAGAAGAAAGAAGAAGAAGAAGAAGGAAGAAAGGAAAGAAGAAGAAGAAGAAGAAGAAGAAGAAGUAAGAAGAAGAAAGAAGAAGAAGAAGAAGAAUAGGAAGAAGAAGAAGACAGAAGAAGAAGGAAAGAAAGAAGAAGAAGAAGAAGAAGAAGAAGAGAAGAAGAAGAAGAAGAAAAGAAAGAAGAAGAAGAAGAAGAAGAAGGAAGAAGAAGAAGAGAAGAAGAAGAGAGAAGAAGAAGAAGAAGAAGAAAGAAGAAGCAAGAAGAAGAAGAAGAAGAAGAAGAAGAAGAAGAAGAAGAAGAAGAAGAAGAAGAAGAAGAAGAAGAAGAAGAAGAAAAGAAGAAAGAAGAUAGAAGAAGAUAAGAGGAGGAGAGAAGAGAAGAGAGAGAGAAAGAAGAAGAAGAGAAGAGAAGAAGAAGACGAAGGAGAAGAAGAGAGAGAGGAGAGAAGGAUGAAGAAGAAGAAGAAGAAGAAGAAGAAGAAGAGAGAAGAGAACGAGCGAAGGAAUAGACAGAAGAAAAGAAGAAGAAGACGACGAAGAAGAAGAAGAAGGAGAAGAAGGAAGAAGAAGAAGAAGAAAGAAGAAGAAGAAGAAGAAGAAGAGAAGAAGAAGAAGAAGAAGAAGAAGAAGAAGAGAAGAAGAAGAAGAAAGAAGAAGAAGAAGAAGAAGAAGAGAAGAGAGAAGAGAGAGAAGAAGAAGAGAGAGAAGAAGAAGAAGGAGAAGAAGAAGGAGAAGAGAAGAAGAGAGAAGAAGAGAAGAAGAAGAAGAAGACGAAGACGAAGGAGGAAGACGAAGAAGAAGAAGAAAGAAGAAGAAGAAGAAGAAGAAGAGAAGAAGAAGAAGAAGAAGAAGAAGAAGAAGAAGAAAAGAAGAAGAAGAAGAAGAAGAAGAAGAAGAAGAAGAAGGAAGAAGAGAAGAAGAAAGAAGAAGAAGAAGAAGAAAGAAGAAAGAAGAAGAAGACGAAGGAAGAAGAAGGAAGAAGAAGAAGAAGAAGAAGAAGAGAAGAGAAGAAGAAGAAGAAGAAGAAGAAGAAGAAGAAGAAGAAGAAGAAGAAGAAGAAGAAGAAGAAGAAGAAGAAGAAGAAGAAGAAGAAGAAGAAGAAGAAGGAAGAAGAAGAGAAGAAGAAAGAAGAAGAAAGAAGAAGAAGAAGAAGAAGAAGAGAAGAAGAAGAAAGAAGGAAGAAGAAGAAGAAGAAGAAGAAGAAGAAGAAAGAAGAAGAAGAAGAAGAAGAAGAAGAAGAAGAAGAAGAGAAGAAGAAGAAGAAGAAGAAGAAGAAGAAGAAAAGAAGAAGAAGAAGAAGAAGAAGAAGAAGAAGAAGAAGAAGAAGAAGAAGAAGAAGAAGAAGAAGAAGAAGAAGAAGAAGAAGAGAAGAAGAAAGAAGAAGAGAAGAAGAAGAAGAAGAAGAAGAAGAAGAAGAAGAAAGAAGAAGAAGAAGAAAGAAGAAGAAGAAGAAGAAGAAGAAGAAGAAGAAGAAGAAGAAGAAGAAGAAGAAGAAGAAGAAGAAGAAGAAGAAGAAGAAGAAGAAGAAGAAGAAGAAGAAGAAGAAGAAGAAGAAGAAGAAGAAGAAGAAGAAGAAGAAGAAGAAGAAGAAAGAAGAAGAAGAAGAGAAGAAGAGAAGAAGAAAGAAGAAGAAGAAGAAGAAGAAGAAGAAGAAGAAGAAGAAGAGAAGAAGAAGAAGAAGAAGAAAGAAGAAGAAGAGAAGAAGAAGAAGAAGAAGAAGAAGAGAAGAAGAAGAAGAAGAAGAAGAAGAAGAAGGAAGAAGAAGAAGGAAGAAGAAGAAGAAGAAGAAGAAAAGAAGAAGAAGAAGAAGAAGAAGAAGAAGAAGAAGAAGAAGAAGAAGCGACGAAGAAGAAGAAGAAGAAGAAGAAGAAGAAGACGAAGAAGAACCCCGAAGAGAGAAGAAGAAGAAGAAGAAGAAGAAGAAGAAGAAGAAGAAGAAGAAGAAGACGAAGAGAAGAAGGAAGAAGAAGAAGAAGAAGAAGAAGAAGAAGAAGAAGAAGAAGAAGAAGAAGAAGAAGAAGAAGAAGAAGAAGAAGAAGAAGGAAGAAGAAGAAGAAGAAGAAGAAGAAGAAGAAGAAGAAAGAAGAAGAAGAAGAAGAAGAAGAAGAAGAAGAAGAAGAAGAAGAAGAAGGAAGAAGAAGAAGAAGAAGAAGAAGAGAAGAAGAAGAAGAAGACAGAAGAAGAAGAAGAAGAAGAAGAAGAGAAGAAGAAGAAGAGAAGAAGAAAGAAGAAGAAGAAGAAGAAGAAGAAGAAGAAGAAGAAGAAGAGAAGAAGAAGAAGAAGAAGAAGAAGAAGAAGAAGAAGAAGAAGAAGAAGAAGAAGAAGAAGAAGAAGAAGAAGAAGAAGAAGAAGAAGAAGAAGAAGAAGAAGAAGAAGAAGAAGAAGAAGAAGAAGAAGAAGAAGAAGAAGAAGAAGAAAGAAGAGAAGAAGAAGACAGAAGAAGAAGAAGAAGAAGAAAGAAGAAGAAGAAAGAAGAAGAAGAAGAAGAAGAAGAAGAAGAAGAAGAGAAGAAGAAGAAGAAGAAGAAGAGAAGGAAGAAGAAGAAGAAGGAAGAAGAAGAAAGAAGAAGAAGAAGAAGAAGAAGAAGAGAAGAAGAAGAAGAAGAAUAAGAAGAAGAAGAAGAAGAAGAAGAAGAAGAAGAAGAAGAAGAAGAAGAAGAAGAAGAAGAAGAAGAAGAAGAAGAAAAGAAGAAGGAAGAAGAAGAAGAAAAGAAGAAAGAAGAAGAAGAAGAAGACGAAGGAAGAAGAAGAAGAAGAAGAAGAAGAAGAAGGAAGAAGAAGAAGAAGAAGAAGAAGAAGAAGAAGAAGAAGAAGAAGAAGAAAGAAGAGAAGAAGAAGAAGAAGAAAGAAGAUAAGAAGAAGAAGAAGAAGAAGGAAGAAGAAGAAGAAGAAGAAGAAGAAGAAGAAGAAGAAGAAGAAGAAGAAGAAGAAGAAGAAGAAGAAGAAGAAGAAGAAGAAGAAGAAGAAGAAGAAGAAGAAGAAGAAGAAGAAGAAGAAGAAGAAGAAGAAGAAGAAGAAGAAGAAGAAGAAGAAGAAGAAGAAGAAGAAGAAGAAGAAGAAGAAGAAGAAGAAGAAGAAGAAGAAGAAGAAGAAGAAGAAAGAAGAAGAAGAAGAAGAAGAAGAAGAAGAAGAAGAAGAAGAAGAAGGAAGAAGAAGAAGACAGAAGAAGAAGAAGAAGAAGAAGAAGAAGAAGAAGAAGAAGAAGAAGAAGAAGAAGAAGAAGAAGAAGAAGAAGAAGAGAAGAAGAAGAAGAAGAAGAAGAAGAAGAAGAAAGAAGAAGAAGAAGAAGAAGAAGAAGAAGAAGAAGAAGAAAGAAGAAGAAGAAGAAGAAGAAGAAGAAGAAGAAGAAGAAGAAGAAGAAGAAGAAGAAGAAGAAGAAGAAGAAGAAGAAGAAGAAGAAGAAGAAGAAGAAGAAGAAGAAGAAGAAGAAGAAGAAGAAGAAGGAAGAAGAAGAAGAAGAAGAAGACGCAAGGAAGAAGAAGAAGAGGAAGAAGAAGAAGAAGAAGCAGAAGAAGAAGAAGAAGAAAGAAGAAGAAGAAGAAGAAGAAGAAGGAAGAAGCAAGAAGAAGACGAAGAAUGA